CGUCACAACUGACUACUAACGAGCAACCAAGGAGCAAGAGGCAGAGUGAGCGAUGUUUGGAUUAUUGGCGAGGACGAGGACAGCCGCGGUGCGGUCGCUUGCGACUGCUGCGGCAGGACCGGCAGCGGGAAGUGAUGCCACCCUUGCGGCAAGACGGGGAGGCGUUUUGAUGCGGCAGCCGGCGGCGGCGGCGGUGUUAACCUUUGGGAACAGUGCCGAGAGCAAGAGGAUGCACAGCUCGGCAUCAUCGGGGCUUGAGAUGCACGGCACGACCAUCUUGUGCGUCCGAAAGAACGGGAAAGUGGUCAUGAUGGGGGAUGGGCAGGUCAGCCAGGGAGACAUGGUGGUGAAGCCCAACGCCACCAAGGUCAGAAAGCUGGGGGACGGACGCGUGUUGGCGGGCUACGCCGGGUCGACGGCCGACGCCUUGACGCUCAUGGAGCGCCUCGAGGGCAAGCUUGAGGAACACGAAGGACAACUCAUGAACGCGUGCGUUGCCCUGGCGAAAGACUGGAGGACCGACAAAUAUCUCCGCCGACUAGAGGCGGUCGUUCUAGUGGCGGACAGCAAGUUCUCCCUGAAAGUGACGGGAUUGGGCGACGUCCUUGCACCAAAUGGAGGGGUGAUCGCCGUGGGGUCAGGACAGCCUUACGCCCUAGCGGCCGCGCGAGCUCUCUCUGGGCAAGAUGACCUCAGCGCGGAGGAGGUAGCCCGCAAGUCGAUGGAGAUUGCAUCGGAGCUUUGCGUGUACACUAACAACCACUUCACCAUGCACUCGCUCGACGCGGAAGAGGAGGAGAGCGAAACAUGAGUAGUAGGGUGCGUGACAAGGGAGAGAAGUCCAGGCGACGAUGUUCUCGUUUCCAUGUAGGCCCUUGGCGAGAAGGCCACACGCGGCAGCAGCCUUUUUGGUCGAAUGGGUUCAUUUGGUGGCAUUCUUCCUUGUAGACAAGGAUACUACACCGAUUUGAAAAGGCUGCAUUGGGCCUCGCGUUUGGUAAUCAACGAUUUGGGGGGGGUGGCAAUGGAAGAUUGAAGUUCAUGUUGUUGCCAACUUUCCCGAGCAUGACCGUGGUUCGACCUUUGGGCGGCGGAGGAUGCACAGUGAAUGUUGAGUGGGUGCGGUGCCUCAUUCCACUUGCUGCGGGCCGUGUUCACGUCCCCACGCAGUGGCCGUUUUGUCGCUGGUGUUGGUGGCGACGGCACCGAAGGGUUAUACCUCAAACGGUAACAACUCUGUCACCCUGCGAAGCGUUGUUUCAGACUUUGGGGCGGGGGAUGCUGGGUGACGUGUAGCGUGCAAUGGUAGUUGCUCUAUUCAGCUGUGGAAGUUCACUUUCAUUAUAUGAAUAGAGGACGGGAUGAGAGGGCACACACUGCUGGUCGGUUUGGGGGCCACCGCGAGUUUCUCAAAGUUUUGGUGUAAGUCAGAAGGGAGGUGUCCACACGACAUCGUCGCUUAUGACCGAGGAAUUGGGAGUCGAACCCCACGUGUCAGGAUGCUACAGCAGUGGCACACAAUUGCUAAUUAGAUUCCGACUGUUUGCAGGACACCGGGUGGAUGCGUCUUGUGCGCACAGGACUGCCUUGGUUUAUCGCCUCAUCGCGUCAG